AUGAUUAAGCUAACUAGAAACGAUAAAAUAGUAUUAUUAGCGAAAUUUAAGCAAGCUGUGAAAGCUAUGUGUGAAAAGCAUGAUGUUCCAACCUGGCCGAUUGCAAUUUCCAUUGACUUGCCAAAUGCUUGUAUUAAAACUGGAUGCUUAGACGAAAAAUUAGGUAUGACAGAGAUUGAAUUAAAAGAAAAUGAAAUGAUAGAUAUCACUUGCGAUAAAAAAUACUGGAACAAAUGCACUAAAAACAAACUCUUCAUGGAUGACUAUUAUACGUUUAAACUCAUAAAACCUCGAACUGAAAUAACCUUAGGCUGUGGAAAAGUGACAAUGUUUUGUUUGGAAGUAAUUAACGAACAGACUAUCAAAUGUAAAAUCAUUCAAGGAGGCUUAAUUAGCGAUAUGGAGUUUCUCUGCGUGCGUGGAAUCAAGCAUAUAAAACCACCACUAUCUAAAUAUGACUUAAGCAUGAUUGAAUUUGCAAAGGAAUUUUCAGUUAAGUGCUUAGGUUCCAAUAAAUGA